GUGUGUUGGAGGGGGGGUCUGGCCCAGGGAUUGGGGAGCCAGGGUCAGCCUAAGGAGGGCUGUCACAGCAGCCGCCUCGGCGCCAGGGAACCCCCCGCCCCCAUAGCCGCCUGAUACCCUGGAGGACUGACGGGUCUCAGGCCGGGCGCGCGCGCAUGGGGGGGGGGGCUGUAGGCUCUCUCCCGCGCCGCGCGCACCCACCUCCCCUCUGGGCACAUGCGCGCGCCUGAGCCUGCAGCGCGCGCCCCCGCGGCCCCAGGCGCGGCCCCGCGGUGUCCGGCGGGCGCGCGGCGGAGGGAGGAGGAGUGGCGGCCCCGAGCGCGGGCGGCCGAGCAGCAGGCGGCCUUCCCCGCGCGCCCCCGCGCCCAGCCACCGCCGACCGCGCCGAGGAGCAGGUGGCUUUCUAGAAGAUGACCAUAGAGGACCUUCCAGAUUUCCCACUAGAAGAACACUCUUUGAUCGGAAGAUACCCGUUUUUAUUUUCAAGUUCUGAUCCUCCGGUCAUCUUCUCCGUCUCUGCAGCACCAAUGCCUUCAGACUGUGAGUUUUCUUUCUUUGAUCCUAAUGACACAUCAUGCCAGGAAAUUCUCUUUGAUCCUAAAACAUCUGUAUCUGAAUUGUUUGCCAUUUUAAGACAGUGGGUUCCACAGGUUCAGCAAAACAUUGACAUCAUUGGAAAUGAGAUUCUUAAAAGAGGCUGCAAUGUGAACGACAGAGACGGACUGACAGAUAUGACUCUUUUACAUUACACUUGCAAAUCUGGAGCUCAUGGAAUUGGUGAUGUUGACACAGCGGUAAAGUUUGCGUCUCAGCUUCUUGACCUGGGAGCAGACGCCAGUUUGCGGAGUCGUUGGACCAACAUGAACGCGCUGCACUACGCUGCCUACUUUGACGUCCCUGAGCUUAUCCGAGUGAUUCUGAAGACAUCAAAACCCAAAGACGUGGAUGCCACCUGCAGCGACUUUAAUUUUGGGACAGCUCUGCACAUUGCCGCCUGUAACCUGUGUGCAGCCACUGUGAAAUGCUUGCUGGAACAUGGAGCCAAUCCCGCAUUCAGGAAUGACAGAGGGCAGGUGCCCGCCGACGUGGUCCCGGACCCGGUGGAGAUGCCCUUGGAGAUGGCUGAUGCCGCGGCCACCGCCAAAGAGAUCCGGCAGAUGCUGCUGGACGCCGUGCCCCUGUCCUGUGCGCUCCCAGGCCACGACCGCGCCCCUGGCAAGGCCUCGCUCACUGCGCUGGGCCUGAAGCUGGGCGACCGUGUGGUGAUCGCGGGGCAGAAGGUCGGCACAUUAAGAUUCUGUGGAACGACUGAAUUUGCAAGUGGGCAGUGGGCUGGCGUUGAGUUGGAUGAGCCAGAAGGAAAAAACAACGGAAGUGUGGGGAAAGUCCAGUACUUCAAAUGUGCCCCCAAAUAUGGUAUUUUUGCACCUCUUUCAAAGAUAAGUAAAGCAAAAGACCGAAGGAAGAACAUAAUACACACAUCUUCUGCAAAAGCUGCACCUCUCCUCAAGUCCCAGAAAAUCGAAGUCGCUCAUAUAACAUCAAAAGUAAACACUGGGUUAAUGACAUUGAAAAAAACCAGUGCCUCCGAGUCUACACUUGUGCUGCCGCCUGGCACAGAAUUGAAAGCUGUGACUGAGAAAGAUGCCACCCUGCUCGGAUCCUCCAGCAGCUCCUCCUCUACGUCCUCCCUGGAGCACAAACAGAGCCAACCCAAGAAACAGCCAACCACAAGUGGCAAAACCAAGAAGACGAUGAGCAAAAGCCCUUCCGUGUCGUCUAGAGCCAGUGCUGGUUUGAAUUCCUCAGCAGCAUCUAUCACGAAUAGCACCCCCGGGGAGGGAGAGCCCAGCAUUGGGGAGAGGGUGCUGGUGGUUGGCCAGAGGCUCGGCACCAUCAGGUUCUUCGGGACAACCAACUUUGCACCUGGAUUUUGGUACGGCAUAGAGCUUGAGAAACCCCAUGGCAAGAAUGAUGGCUCAGUUGGAGGUGUACAGUAUUUCAGUUGUUCCCCAAGACACGGAAUUUUUGCUCCCCCAUCCAGGGUCCAAAGAGUGUCAGACUCCAUGGACACGCUUUCAGAAAUUUCUUCCAGUAAACAGAACCAUUCUUAUCCUGGUUUCAGGAGGAGUUUCAGCACCACUUCUGCUUCUUUCAACAGAAGAAAUGCUUUUGCCAAACCCAAGACCGCUCUGCGCCGUAGCUGGAGCAGUGGCCCGGCGGGCGGCCUGGAGGCGCCGGUGAAGCUGCAGGAGGGCUGCCAGGUCCUCCUCACCAGCUCCAACGAGAUGGGCACUGUGCGCUACGUGGGCCCCACCGACUUUGCCGCUGGCAUCUGGCUGGGCCUGGAGCUGCGCAGCCCCAAGGGCAAGAACGACGGGGCUGUGGGUGACAAGCGCUACUUCACCUGCAAGCCCAACCAUGGGGUCCUGGUGCGGGCCAGCAGGGUGACCUACCGGGGCAUCAAGGGGUCCAAGCUGGUGGACGAGAGCUGCUGAGUGGACCUUCUGGAGGGUCUGAGGCUCAGAGUCUGUGCCACACAGAUCAGGUCAGGAGCCCCGGGACAAACACUAGGCCGUAUUUGGCCAUCACACCUUGGGGGACACACAGCUGUCCUCAGAAGAGCCAUGGCGGCAGUUCAGAGAGAGAGGCCUUUGAUAGGCCAGAAGUAUGCAUGCUGGGAAUCUGGUUCUCUUGCCAUUGAGAUAUGCAUUUUUCUACCAACCUUUCAAGCUUUAGACCCAAGGACGUUGGAAAACUUAGCAAAUAAUCGUGCCACCCAUAGACCUGCUGAUCUUGCCUCUCCCAUCGCUUUUGCACACCUGGUUGGGGUUUUCGUGUGUCCUGCUUCCGGAAGCUUCCAGAAGCUUCUGCUUAAUGGAGGGCAUGUAACCUCUUCCUCUGAAGGGUUUUUGGGAGCUUGAUGAUUUUCUUCCUGUACUAAGAAGCACAGCAAGAAAAUAAUCACACUGAGAUUGACUGGUCUGGGCUUGGUUUUUUUUCAUUUUUGGGCCCAAAUCUUUGUGUUUUUGGGAAUGCCUCAUUUGGAGAGGCGAAAAACUCAGAGCUGCAUGGAGCCCUGUGGCUCGAGUUCUUAGCCCUCACAGAUCCAGAAAUAAGCCUCACACAGCCCUUCAGACACCCAAAGUGCUGCUCCCUAGAUGGUUGACAGGAGAGGAGGGACUUGGGCCUCCUGACAGGGGGCUUGUCUGUCUCUCUUUUCUCUGUACCCAGCAUGUCAACAACCCGCGCCUGUCUUCCACCCUGGUGACUGUUUCAUUUGGAUGAACCCCAGGUGCCCAGGGCUAGAUUUCUGCACUCAAGUGUCACUCGAAUUUUUUUUCUUUUUUGCACAUAAUUACUUAACUUGUGUAUUGGACAUAUGUGUACAACACUUACCCAUGAAGCACUUUUAAGCCAUGAUGCACUUUCAUCUUUGUGGAGAACUUGUCAUCAUUUCCUCUGGGAUAAGAGAAAUAGUAAGGAAAAAAAAAAAAACACGUUAAGAGAAGAGAGCAAAUGAAGAUGCAUCAGGAAGAACGUCGUAGUUACCCAUCUUCAGUGUUGCGGCUUCUCGAAUGUUGGGUUCUGUUUGCCAAGCUGGUUGUGUCCGUUCCCCUGGAUGCUGUUUCCUUCACAAUCACUGCAGAGUCCAGAGUGUGAUAAAGCGACAGGGCUCUAUGGUCUGUCUUAUUUCCCUUUUCUGAGCACGUUAACAGGAUGUGCUUCACAGCAGAGCGGUGGGAUGAGGCAGGGUGUUUGUGUUGUGGAUAUGCUUUGAUGUUUCUGUCCUAUAAGUGUCCAGAUCCAUCUUUCAUUGUUAAUACUUAGACCUUAAACUACCACACCUGUACUGGGACGGUUUGCUUCAUCAAGUUCAGUGCUUCCUUCAUGAUGGGACUUGCUUUGUGCUGAGAAAUAAUAUGCUGAACUAUUUUGCAAUAUACUAUUUGAAAAUCGAAAUUCUGUUGCUUUGCUGCCUUUAUUUUUCUUUUAAGUGUGGUAUUUCAGAUGUUGCUAGAGCUAUUUUCCUGAAGUACAUUUGCAAAAUAAGGCUGCUUUAUAACCAAGGACUAUUUUUAUUGAUUGAAGAAAAUGACUGUACUGCAAUUCAGAGGUAAACCUAUUUUAUUACUUAGUUUAUUUCUUAAAAAAUAAAAAAAUAACUCUAUUUAUGCCUCAACAGGAAAUCCGUGACCACAGAAUUUUGUCAUCUAUGACCCUUCUUUUUAAAAUGUAAAACACUCUGAAGCAGGAAUGUCAAUGCUGGAUCUACUUUGAGAUCCAACUCUAUUCCCACCUGGUUCAGAUAGUUAGAUGCAGAUAAGUGUAUACUCACACAGGCUUACAGACCAGGUGUCUCCAUUUCUGUUCUGCUUAUGAACUGUCAUUCAGCAUUCAUUUCUUGACCGUUAAUAAAAAGGGAAGUUGCUUUUGGUUUUGGAA